AUGCAUGAUUUUCUUGUCAACAAUAACAGUUUUGCUCCAAUUGUUGUUAUUGUUCAAUUUGCCAAAGUGAAGUUUAUUAAUGGUCGUCCUUUUACAUCCACCUACUUUGAUGUUAGUAGGUUGUUUGUAAACAAUGAUAUCGAUGAAAUUACAGUCUACAAGAACAAAUUGGUUUUUGAAAAUGGACAACUUUCAUCAAGUGGAAUCAAGAUGCUAAAAUCAAAACAAGAAACGGAACACGAUGACAUUGUAAAAAAUUAUGUGUUUUCAAAUGUUGAUGAUGUGUUUGAACCUUUGGAGGAAAAAACAGUCAUUAUUGUUGGUACUGUUAAGGGAAUCCGUCAAAACAUACGUUGGUAUUACCUCGCUUGUAGAAACUGCAAAAAGUCAGCAAAACAAAAAGACUCCUAUACUGAUAAGCCUGGUAAUUCUGAUUCAUUCAUGAUUGGUUCUUCAGAUAUUUGCUCCUAA